UUUUACCUUAUACAUUUUAACCACACCCUGUUUGCGAAUUCAGAAAACCCUAAAGUGGUUUUGGCGCGAAGAUUCCCUCCCUUAAUGAAGGCACAACCAACAUUCUGGUGCUUGAGCUUGAGGUUUAUGCUUGGAACGGUCUCUACUUCCUUCAAUGGGGACCCUAUUAGGGUUUCGUCAUCCUCAGUUCUCAGAGGAUGUAGCCUGGCUUCCUGCUUGGCUUCAGCAGAACCAUGCCGAACCAUUCGACGAGCACAUCAAGGAAGGAGAAACUCCUUUAGGGCAAUGGUUCGAGGAUCAAGAUAACGUCAUAGCAGGGAAAGAUGUGAAUCUAUCAUCAAGUGAAGAUGGUAGAUACAAGACUUGCCAUUUAUUCUUAUCUGGGGAAGACAAUUCGGCAGUUAGUUUUUCCCCAUCUUCCAAAAAUGUUAUACAUUUUCAUCUGCAGCUAUCGGUUGAUGGUAACAUGCCAAGUUCACCUUUGGAUGCAUCUCAAACGGAGAAGCUUGAAUCAAACAAUGUUCUGCUGAUGCAGCAAGCUCAAACUCCAGCUGGUCAAGAAGAGCAUAAAAACCAAGUCAAAAUGGAUGAUAAUGCUAGUGUGGCAAAUUUGCAUCUUUUGAAUUCUCUUCGGGAAACAUCUGAGUAUAGUGGUCAAUCUCUUGCUGGUGACAAGGAUUGUGUGACAGAGAAUGAAGAGAAUGUUAAGCAUCUCAAAGUUACUGAUAUCAGUGAUGAUAUCAAUGAUGCAGUUGAACUCUCUAUUGCAGCAUCUGAAGCACUGGUCAUACAUGAAAUAGUUAAGAAUGGGUCGUCUACAAAAAUUUUGCCAGCUGGAGCUUUACUUGAAGUUGCUCUUCGGGUGAAACAAACACGCUUAGAGAGCUUGGAAGAGACUCUCUGUUGCCCAACUGAGGAAAUUGAUGAGAUUGAUUUUCUAUCAGACUUGGAUGAAUCCACAAUGGCAGAUGCAUUUGAAGAUGUGGGGUUAUCAGUUAUUGGUGUUGAUAAUAUGGGUUCUUGUGAUUCAAUAUCUCAAGUUAAAGAUUCUUUCACCUCGUAUAAUCAUUAUGAAUGUGACGAAAGUUAUAAAUAUGAAGGACAUGGGGCUAUGGAAAUUGGCUAUGAUGAUAUAUGUAUGGAACAACAGGUGAGAGAUGCUCAGGAGAUGAAUACGCAAGUAAGAAAUAACUUGCCAUUAGAAUCUUUUGAUGGUAAUCGGGCAAACAAGCUAGUUGAUGAUCCAGCUUUUGGUUUGACCACCUUUGGUGAGGCAUGUCAUGAUGAUCCCAUAUUGCAGUGUUCAUUUGUUGCAAAUUCCGACGUUCUAGCUACAACAGAGAGAUCCGGCUUUUCCAUGGGGCGUCUGACUUCAUUUCAGCCUCAACCAAAUGUAAACUCUUCUAGUCAGGUUUGGAGUUCUGAAAAUGCUGAAAAAGAUGAUCAACUAACAAAUGUAGUUCCAGACAGAUUCCAAAGCCGCUGGUUAGGUGGUUGGACAUGGAAGAAGGAUUUAAAUGCUUCUGCACCAAUGGAACAUAAUAAUGCUAAAAGUAUCCCUGAAUUUUUUGUUGGUGAGAAAAGCUAUCUGUCGGAAUCUGCUGAUUUUGCCCCAGAUGAGAACUCUUUUGUGCAGAAACAAGAUAAAGGGUCCAACAUGACCUCUCAGCCAAGCAUAGCUUUUGAAGAUUUAUGUAAUAGAACUAAUGAGGAUAUAUUGCUUUCACAGGAUGUUGUGAGAUCUUCUAGUUUAUCCUUGAUUGAUCCUCUUUGUUCAGUUGUCCCAUGCAGUAUCUCAUCACCCUGUUCCACUAUAGCUCAGAAUCCAAAUAACAAUGUUGAUGCUGAAAAGUGCUUCAGCCCUGUGGCAGAACUUCGUUUUGAGAAUAUGCAGAGGACCUCAAGUCUAAAUGUUGAGUUUGUUCAUGGGAAAGGGAAAGUAGUCCCAAAGAUUAAUGGUGAAGGCUCUCAGAUCACAGUUCACAGGCAAUUGGCCUCACUUAGAACGUUUAGCAUGCUGUUUCCUAGAUGUGAUGACUUUCAGGAGACGGAAAAUAUUUAUCAUAGUAGAUCAUUCCAAUUAAACUGCAUGGGAUUGCUUUCCUCUGAGCAAAAUAUGGUCUGCAAGAAGGGUUCAACAGGAUCACCAUCUUUCAAGUCUAUACUUAAGUGUACUACUGCAAGAAGGGUUGAGGAAAAUCAUGAGAAUCCAGUUACAGAUUUAACAAAUCAGAAGAUAAAUCAAGAUGAAACUGCAAAAGAUGGGGCUGCAUUACAGGUUCAUAUGCAGAAAGAAGGGAACUCGCCUUUUAUUUUAAAAGGAGGAACAUGCUGUCAAUUUCAGGAUUCUAAACAUAUUUUACACGGUUUCAGUGGAGAGGAAAAUUUAGAAUGGACUAAGGUACCAGAAAGUGAUUUUUGGCUUCUGCAGAGAAAGAGCAUCCAAAAUAGGCAGUCUAAACGCAAAAUUCUCCGUGAUAAUGAAAUUCCAGCACGAAAGCGAGUUCGUUUCCUUGACGCUGAUAUUAAGCUUAUGCAGAAGAAGAGCCUUCAAAAGCUUCAAUACGUGUACAGAAAGGGCUCAACUACCAGGACUGGUAAAAGGUUGAAAUAUUCCAAUCUGCACUCUAAAUUUAGAGAUCAAGAAGCAAAAAGAGGUCGAACAAAUUGUCUGAACAAGGAUGGGAAGAUAUUGAUAUUUCAAAAUAUGGAAUUCUUGCUUACAGGACUCUCUGGUCAUAAGGAAAAGGAAAUAGAGGGUCUAAUUAGGAAAUAUGGUGGUAUAGUUCUCUCUGAUAUUCCUUCUCCAAAUCCAAGGGGGAAAAAAAAUUCGAAAUUCAAUCAUCAGCAGCUUCCUGUUGUUCUAUGUUUCAAAAAGCUACAGACCACCAAGUUCCUGUAUGGCUGUGCAGUGAAUGCCUCCAUUCUGAAAGUUAAUUGGCUUACCGAUUCAAUUGCUGCGGGUUCUGUCUUACCACCUGAGAAGUAUGUGAUUCUAUCAAGGUAUGAUGGUGGAAAGUGUACUGGAAUAGGGAAGCCACUUUGUGGCAAUAACCAUCACUAUAUCUUUGACGGAGUAGGAAUCAUGCUUCAUGGCAAACCCAUUUUCUGCCUUAGAUUGGCAAAGGUUGUCAAGCAUGGAGGUGGGCAGGUGUUCAAAACUCUGCAAUGGUUGGUCAAGAGUUGUGAUGCUGAGAAGAUCUCUGUUGGGGCUAUUGUUGCUGAGGAUGAUAGUAGAGCUUCACGUCACCUGAAGCAUUGUGCAGCAGAAAAGAAUAUACCCAUGAUGCCGGUUAGCUGGAUCAUAAACAGCUUACAUGUUGGAAAGGUUCUUCCUUUCAAAGAGAACAACCAAUCCUCUCCAUCACCUGCAAUUAAAGUUCCAGUUUCCAUGGAAUUGAGUGAAGAAAUAUGAAAAUUUCUCCUUCUGUGGCCACUUAUGGGGAUCAUGUAAUUCAGGUAAGGGGCUGAUUAAUGGAAUGUUCCAAUACAAAUUUUACCAUUUCCUUUCAGCUUUAUUGAAGUGAAGAUUCUGUACAUGAGAAUAUAUUAAAACAAGCCCUAGGAUGUUGACACUGAGGAUUCAAAAUCAUUGGCCAUCAUUAUAGCCUGUUUGGCACACUUCCAUGUUUGAGGCUGCUAAUAGUGUUCCUUCCCUUCCAGAAUGCUGUGAACUUCAGAUUGCUAAGAAACUUGGUUUAGAGAUUUGAAUGCAAGUAUAGAAAAGAAGUUUCUGAGAUUUGAUCCUCUGGAAGUGAGUAACUACAUUCUCCAUGAAUCAAAAUCUAGCUCGAGCCGUUCGGGUUAAUGCCGACAUGCCGUUAGGGCUUCAUCUGGAGAGCAGUGGGAGUAGGUUUUCUGUGCUAAAUAUUAAAUCAGCAACAAGGAUGGAAGGCAUCAAAAUGGAAGGAGCAAGGAUGAAAGAAGGAAUGAGCCAAAAAAAAUAAUGAAAUCGGUUCAGUCAAAAUCUAUGGUUGUGUUGUUAUUGUUGUUAUUAUUAUUAUUUUCAAAUCAUUCGCGAGAUAUCUGUAAAAUGGAAACAUUGUAACAAGGAUGAGUUUUAUCCUUGCCUUUUUGUCGUAUAAUCUAAUUGAUGAAAAAAAUAAUUUUUUGGUAAUA